GUUCACGUCGACUUAUCAUUAUACAAAUUGUCACUAAGACUGAUCAGAGUUAUUGACAGUUCAAAAUGCUGGAAAUUUGCCAUAUUUGGAAAUUAGCUGUGAUAAUUCCUAUUUUAAUUUUUUGUGCUUUUUGUGCUGGCAAUGAAAUUGAACUUCCGAAAGAUUUUGUUGCAAGCAGUUCGCACACCAACAAUUGGGCUGUACUGGUUGAUACGUCCAGAUUUUGGUUUAACUACCGGCACAUCGCAAAUGUACUGUCUGUCUACCGUUCUGUCAAACGGCUUGGUAUUCCGGAUAGUCAGAUACUCUUAAUGAUUGCCGAUGACAUGGCUUGCAAUCCACGAAAUCCUCGUCCAGCUACGGUGUUCAACAAUGCUAAUCAACAUAUUAAUGUUUACGGAGCAGAUGUGGAGGUUGACUACCGAGGUUACGAAGUUACGGUAGAAAAUUUUGUUCGUUUGCUGACUGGUAGAAAUGAAAAUGGCACGGCAAGAUCGAAACGAUUGCUCACAGACGCAGGAAGCAAUGUAUUGAUUUAUCUAACCGGUCACGGAGGAGACGGAUUUCUGAAAUUUCAAGACUCGGAAGAGAUAACUAAUCAAGAACUGGCCGAUGCAAUUGAGCAGAUGUGGCAGAAGCAACGAUACAAUGAAUUAUUUUUCAUGAUUGAUACAUGUCAAGCGGCCUCAAUGUAUGAAAAAUUCUAUUCGCCUAAUAUUUUAGCAGUAGCUAGUAGUCUAGUGGGAGAAGAUUCACUAUCACAUCAUGUAGAUCCCGCCAUCGGGGUUUAUAUAAUUGAUCGAUACACCUACUACGCACUGGAAUUUUUAGAAGGAGUGCAGGUUAAUAGUAAGAAAACUAUGGGAGAAUUCUUGUCCGUUUGCCCGAAACGCGUUUGUAUUUCAACGGUUGGUGUUCGGAAAGAUCUGUACCCGAAGGAUCCUUAUAAAGUACCAAUAACAGAUUUUUUCGGAUCCAUCAGGCCUACUGAAAUAUCAGCAGGCGUAAUGAAUGUUACAUUAUCAACAAUUCCAUACGAUCAAUUCGAACGAAAAACAAUUAGCAGGCCUAUUCCAGCGUUGUUCUACGAACAGUUUCCUAGUCAAUUGUUUUUGUAAGGUUCAUUUGUGUUAGGCAGAGGAAGUAUUAAAAAACUUAACAACAAAAA